AUGGCUACAAGAUUCAAGUUUUCAAUCUCAUUGGCUCUCACAUUCUCCUUCUUCUUCUACACAACCUUGUCUUUCACGGAAGACGUUGAACUCGCUUCUCUCCUCAGAUUCAAAUCCACCAUUGAUGAUCCAAAGAACUCUCUUUCAAGUUGGUCCAACACUUCCUCUUUUCACCACUGUAACUGGACUGGCAUCACUUGCACCAAAGCUCCUUCUCUCUACGUCUCUUCUAUAAACCUCAAAACCCUAAACCUUUCAGGUGAAAUCUCUGACUCUGUUUGUAACCUCCCUUACCUCACUCACCUCGACCUCUCUCAGAACCUCUUCAACCAACCUAUCCCACUUCAUCUCUCCGCUUGUCUCACUUUAGAGACUUUAAAUCUCAGCACUAAUCUCAUAUGGGGAACCAUCCCUGAUCAGAUAUCUGAGUUCACUGCAUUGCAAGUUCUUGACUUGAGUAGUAACCAUGUGGAGGGUAAGAUUCCAGAAGGUUUAGGGUUACUAACCAAUCUUGAAGUUUUAAACUUGGGGAGUAAUCUGUUAACUGGUCUUGUCCCUAAUGUGAUAGGGAAGUUAAGUGAGCUUGUUGUUCUUGAUUUGUCUGAAAAUAGUUAUUUAGUUAGUGAGAUUCCUUCUUCUAUUGGGAAGCUAGACAAGCUUGAGGAGCUUCUUUUGCAUAGGUCAGGCUUCCAUGGAGAGGUUCCAACUUCGUUUGUGGGGUUGAAGAGUUUGAAAGUGUUGGACUUGUGUCUGAACAACCUCACCGGUGGGAUCACUAGAUCAUUAGGGGAUUCUCUCAAGAGCUUAGUGUCUCUUGAUGUCUCUCAGAACAAGAUCACUGGCUCUUUCCCUAGUGGUGUUUGCAGUGGCAAGAGGCUUGUUAGCCUCUCUCUCCAUUCAAAUUUCUUUGAAGGAUCAUUGCCUAAGUCCAUCGGUGAAUGUCUUAGUCUGGAGAGGCUUCAAGUGCAGGAGAAUAGAUUCUCUGGUGAGUUUCCUGUUGGGUUAUGGUCAUCACCAAGGAUUAAGAUUAUUAGAGCUGGUAAUAAUAAAUUUACAGGUCAAGUUCCUGAGUCUAUCUCUUUGGCUUCUUCAUUAGAGCAAGUUGAGAUAGAUAACAACUCCUUCUCUGGUGAGAUCCCACAUGGUCUUGGAGUUAUCAAGAACUUGUAUAAGUUCUCUGCUUCUGAGAAUGGGUUUAAAGGAGGAUUACCACCAAAUUUCUGUGACUCACCUGUUCUUAGCAUUGUUAACAUCUCUCACAAUAGUCUCUCAGGGAAGAUCCCAGAGGUUAAAAACUGCAAGAAGCUUGUUUCGUUGUCUCUGGCAGGAAAUGCAUUUACUGGUGGAAUCCCACCAUCACUUGCUGAGUUACAUGUUCUCACUUAUCUUGAUCUGUCUGCUAAUAAGCUUACUGGUUUGAUCCCUCAAGAGUUAGGGAACCUGAAGCUUGCUCUCUUCAACGUGUCGUACAACCGAUUAUCAGGUGUGGUACCUCACUCUCUGGUCUCUGGCUUACCAGCUUCCUUUCUCCAAGGCAAUCCAGGGCUGUGUGGACCUGGUUUACCUCAUCCUUCUUGCUCCUCUCAUCGGUUUAGCUUCCAUAAAGCUUUGUUGUUGCUUCUGAUAUGUUUUGUACUUGCUCUUGCCACUUCCCUCUUCAUGUCAUAUCGUUAUUACCGAAAGAAAGCUCAGUUUAAGAGUACUUGGAGGUCAGAGUUUUAUUAUCCCCUCAGGUUAACCGAGCAGGAGUUGAUGAAAGUUGUGAAUGAAAGUAGCCCUUCAGACGUAUAUGUUCUCAGUUUAUCGAGUGGAGAGUUAAUAGCUGUGAAGAAGCUUGUGAAUUCAAGGAAUGUAUCAUCAAAAGCUCUGAAAGCUGAAGUGAGAACCAUAGCGAAGAUAAGGCACAAGAACAUUAUUCGAAUUCUUGGUUUUUGUUUCACAGACGAGUUGAUCUUCUUGAUUUAUGAGUACACACAUAAUGGUAGCUUGUAUGAUAUGCCAAAGCCUGGUGAUGAUCAGUUGCAGUGGAGCGUUAGGUUGAAGAUAGCGUUAGGUGUUGCUCAAGCAUUGGCAUACAUAAGCAAAGACUAUGUGCCACACUUGCUUCAUAGGAAUCUAAAGUCAACAAACAUUCUCUUGGACAAAGAUUUUGAACCCAAGAUCAGUGAUUUUGCUCUUGACCAGAUUGUUGGAGAAUCUGCUUUUCAGUCUCUGAUACACACCACCUGCUAUACUGCACCAGAAAACAAUUACAGCAAGAAAGCAACAGAAGAAAUGGAUGUUUACAGUUUUGGAGUUGUACUAUUAGAACUUGUAACAGGGCAAAGAGCAGAAGAAGAAGGAGCAUCUGGAGAAUCUCUUGACAUAGUGAAGCAGGUAAGGAGGAAGAUAAACCUGACAGAUGGAGCUGCACAAGUUCUUGACCAAAAGAUCUUUUCCAACUCUUGCCAAUCAGACAUGCUAAAGACCUUAGACAUUGCUCUCAACUGCAUUGCCGUUGCUGCAGAGAAACGACCUUCACUGGUUCAAGUUAUCAAAGCGCUUGAGGGUAUAAUAAACAACUCUUCAACUGAGAAGCUUCCAGUAUCCGCAUAA